AUGGCUGAAUUACUGCACGGUCCGGAGCUUCACCAGCGCAAAACUCUUCGCACUGUCGAAAUCAAUGAAAACGGCGGCCGCCGUGUGGUGCAUCUGGAUGAAUUGAACAAGGCUGAUGCUGAGCUUGCGGGCAAAUUUGGCUACAAUCCAGUCCUCAAGAGGGUCGAAAUCUCCUAUCCGCGUUUCGCUUCACCAACUAAUGGAGCGCCUUAUUUGCAACCGUCUCAACCACAUUCAUCUAUCCACUGUCUGCAGGAGGCAGUGCCAGUGCUGUCUGGUCCUGGGCGAUCUCAGGAGCAGGCUUUGUCUGUAGCAGAACUCGUAUCGGCCUAUCCGACAAGCGGUGGUCUUUAUUACAGUGUCUCCCGCCUAGCCCCCAAGAACAGUGUCCCGUGGAUUAGUUGGGUGACCGGCUGGCUCAACAUACUUGGUCAAGUUGCGGGCUUGGCUUCCUCGGAGUACGGAGCCUCACAAUUGUUAUUGGCGGCUGUUUCGAUGGGUUCAGACUUCACCUAUGUCCCAACAACAGGAACAGUGAUUGGAGUCAUGGCUGCGCUGACAGUGGUGACUGGAAUUGUCAAUUCUCUGUCCACAUACUUCAUAGAGAAGAUCACACGAUCAUACUUUUUUAUCCAUGUUGCCGUGCUCCUCACAUGCUCGAUCGCACUUCUCGCCAAAGCGGAGACUCGACACAGUGCAACAUACGUCUUUACUAACGUCGAGUCGGUAUCUGGGUGGAGUCCCGUGGGAUUUAGCUUCCUCUUUGGCUUCCUCUCUGUGAGCUGGACCAUGACUGCUUAUGACGCUACAGCACACAUCACAGAAGAGAUGAGAGAACCAGAACUGAAGGCGCCAUGGGCGAUAAGCCUUGCCAUGGCCUUCACAUAUGUUGGUGGGUUCUUGUUCAACAUCGUGCUUUGCUUUGUCAUGGGUGAACCAAGCGAGAUCCUCGCGAGUCCUAUGGCGCAGCCGGUGGCGCAGAUAUUCUUUAAUGUGCUCGGCAAGGCUGGAGGUCUCUUUUAUACUGUUUUCGCACUCAUCAUUUUGAAAUUUCUCUGCAUUGCUGGGAUGCAAUCCCUUGCACGGACGGUCUUUGCCUUCUCUCGCGAUCGUUUGCUCCCCGGCUCUCGCAUCUGGGCCAAGAUCAACCCAUUGACUCAGACUCCCAUUUACGCAGUGUGGAUCUCCGUAGUGCUGUGCAUCGCUAUUAAUCUCAUCGGACUUGGUUCUUACAUCGCCAUUGCAGGCGUGUUCAAUGUUACUGCAAUCGCCAUCGACUGGAGCUAUGUUAUUCCCAUCCUCUGCAAGCUCAAAUAUGGCCAAUUUGAGCCGGGUCCUUGGCAUAUGGGCAAGGCAAGCUUCUGGGUCAACGCAUGGGCUUGCAUCUGGACCGCAUUCAUUACCAUCAUUUUUAUCCUGCCGACAGUCAGGCCUGUCACAGCCCUCAACAUGAAUUAUGCAAUCGCCUUCCUCGGCCUCAUUUUUGCUUUAGCUGCCAUCUACUGGGUGAUCUCCGGAAGGAAAUCCUAUACCGGUCCUGUUGUUGAAGCAGAUGUCGUAGAGAGUUUUUCUGACGGAAUUCGAGAUGGCUUCAGCGAAGAGGACCACGGGAAAGAGAGCAAGGACCAUGUGACAUUGUCGCACAAGCACAGCAAGAGCGGCAUGAUAGCACCCGCUCUUUUGACAGCCGUUGACUCGACUGGCCAUGUCCACCUGAUAAUUGGUUCUGGCCCACUGGCCGCAUCUCGAGCUGCAAAGUCCUCGGAGGUUGGCGCAUCGCCUGUCAUCGUCGCCCCAGCCGGCAGCGAAUGUCAUUACACCUUGUUGAAGCGAAUCGAAGAGGGCAAGGCGGAAUGGAUACAAAAGGACUUUGAAGACAGUGACUUGCAAACGUUAGGACGACCGGAAGUUGACAAUGUGGUUGAUGCUGUUUUCGUUACAACAGGUUCAAGGUCUUCACAGAGUAUACAUAUUUCAACAAUCUGCCGGAGGUUGCGCAUACCAGUCAACGUGACGGAUGCGCCCAAUCUCUGCACUUUCACUCUCCUCUCGACUCAUACAGAUGGUCCUCUCCAAAUUGGCAUUACUACCUCCGGCAAAGGCUGCAAACUGUCAUCCCGCAUCCGGAGGGAGGUAGCUGCCUCUCUACCGCCCCAUUUCGGUCAAACAGUCGAACGACUGGGUACCAUCCGUCGCCGGAUAUGGGAAGAAGACCAUGCGGCCGAAUUGGCUACAGAUCCCACUCCUGAAAUCGAAGACGAGGAAACGCCAAACCAAAAACACACCUUCAACACCUUGAUACAAUCCACCGACACAUCUCCCUCCAUAGCCCGCACACGCCGCCUCCGCUGGCUCUCUCAAAUAUGCGAAUACUGGCCCCUUCGCCGCCUAGCCAGCAUAACCGACUCGGACAUCUCCACUAUCCUCUCCGCCUACACCAACUCCACCAUCGACACCGCGCCUUUAACCCCGCGUACUGUAGACUGCCGCACCCAUUCACAGCGCGGAACCAUAACUCUUGCCGGCUCUGGUCCGGGCCACCCCGACCUCCUUACGCGAGCAACCUACACCGCCAUCCAGGAUGCGCACUUCAUACUGGCCGACAAGCUUGUCCCCUCCCCUGUCCUUGACCUCAUCCCACGCCGCACACCUGUGCACAUCGCGCGCAAGUUUCCCGGCAACGCGGACGCCGCGCAGGAGGAGCUCCUCUCCCUCGGCCUCAAUGCUCUCAAACAGGGCCAAAACGUCCUCCGCCUGAAACAAGGGGAUCCAUAUCUCUACGGCCGCGGCGCAGAGGAGCUGGAUUUCUUCCGCCGGAACGGGUAUGAGGCACGGGUGCUGCCGGGUGUGACGAGCGCAUUAUCGGCGCCGCUGUUUGCCGGAAUUCCGGUCACGCAUCGUGCGGUGGCGGACCAGGUGCUGAUUUGUACGGGAACAGGGAGGAAGGGCGCCAGCCCAGAGCCGCCUGCCUAUAACAGAAAUAUGACGGUCGUGUUUCUGAUGGCACUGCAUAGAUUGGAGAGCCUGGUGUCGAGUCUCACCGCCACGCCUGAUCAUUCAACCAGUGAUGCGAUGGUGCAGGAGGACAAGAAGGCGCCGUGGCCGAAAGAAACACCCUGCGCUGUGGUGGAACGGGCUUCUUGCCCCGAUCAGCGCGUUAUCCGCUCAACGCUGGAAUAUAUCUCCAAGGCGGUGGAGGAGGAGGGCAGUCGGCCCCCCGGGUUACUGGUGCUGGGGUGGAGCUGUGAAGUUCUGAACCGGUCUGGGGGCCAAAGAUGGGUUGUCGAGGAGGGGUUUAGGGGAUUGGAUUUAGAUCUAGCUGAGGUGGUUGCUGGAGAGAAAUCCGCGGGUCUGGAUCUUGUGAGGGAGAUGGGACGCCUGGAUGCGGGAGGCGGUUCGACGGUCAAGCAGGCUGGCGGAGCGUAA